ACACAUAAUUCAUUUUGAGAAAUACAAUGUUUUUAAAACAUUUUGCUUUCUUCCUUGUUGUCCCUAUCUUCUUCCCUCUCACGUCUCACUUAUUUGCAGAUUCAACUUCCUGGGUAAAAGCAGGUUACUACUAUUCCGGCAGUGAAAUUGCAGCUUCAGAAAUUAAAUCAACACUUUUCACACACCUCUUAUGUGCUUUUGCUUUUAUAAACUCCACAAACUAUAACAUCUUUAUAAACUCUUCUGAAGAACACAAAUUCUCCACCUUCACCAACAAAGUAAAGCUUCAAAAUCCAUCUGUUAUAACUCUUCUAUCAAUCUACACUGGAAGAGAAAACUCUUCACUUUUUAACUUAAUGAUAAGCCAAUCUUCUUACAGAAAAUCUUUCAUUGAUUCUUCCAUCGAAACAGCCAGAGAAUAUGAGUUUCAAGGCAUAGACCUUCGUGGAGUCUCACCAAAGCAAGGUAAAGAACUUGCAAAUUUUGCAACCCUUUUGAAAGAGUGGCGAAACGCGAUAACUUCUGAGGCAAGAAAUUACACGAGUAGAAUAGACUUAGUGUUGGUGAUGGCAGGUUAUUAUCUAAAAGCUUCAGAUUCAUGUAGUUAUCCUUUUGAAUCAAUGCAGAAGAAUUUGGAUUGGGUUCAUUUUGUUGCAUAUGAUUACCAUCUUCCUGAAAAGGACAAUGUCACAGGUUUUCAUGCAGCUUUAUAUGGUUCAUCUGGUUGGGAAAAUACUGACUCUGGUAUCAAAGAGUGGAGAAAGAGAGGAUUUUCUUCUAACAAACUUGUAAUUGGUUUACCUUAUCAUGGAUAUGCUUGGAAACUUGUGGAACAAGGUGAAGGUGGUGUUGGAAAACCAGCUUCUGGUCCAUCUACUACUAAGGAUGGUUCUAUGAGUUAUAAGUGGAUAAAAAGUUUCAUUAAAAGCUUUGGAGAUGGAGUAGUUUCAAGCUAUAAUGAUACUAUUAUAGUGAAUUAUUUCAUUGUUGCUUCCACUACUUGGGUUAAUUUUGAUGAUGUGGAAGCUAUUAAAGAAAAAGUUUCUUAUGCAAAGAAAAAUGGAUUACUUGGUUACAAUGUGUUUCAAGUUGGGAAUGAUGACAAUUGGGUCCUUUCAAUGGCAGCAGCUCAAGAACUAGAUGAUAGAUUGUUGAUAAUUCUUCUGCUUACAAUUAUGACUGCUGCUCUUCUCAUGGGAACAGUAUUUUGUUACUACUACUACCAAAGAACCGUAACCGUUAUUACAAAAAUGAUACACAAAUUGAAGAUAUAUUUAUCCGCAGCUGAAAAAGAUGUUGACGAAGAUUCUUAUGAUUUGAUAGUAUUUGGCUAUCUCACAAUUAAAGUAGCAACAGAUAACUUCUCAACAGAAAAUAAGCUCGGAGAAGGUGGAUUUGGUGCAGUGUACAAGGUGACACUUGAAAAUACAUCUGUUUGUGAAAUGUUUCAUGCAAAUAGAAACUGUGAUAAGACUGUGAAUACUUAUGAUUUGUUUUGUCAGGGAAAAUUACGAAAGGGACAGGAAAUAGCUGUCAAAAGACUCUCGGAAAACUCGAAUCAAGGACUUGAAGAGUUCAGAAAUGAGAUCACACUCACAGCAAGAUUGCAACAUGUGAAUUUAGUUAGACUUUUGGGCUACUGCACAAAAAGGAAUGAGAAGCUUCUCAUCUAUGAAUAUCUCCCAAAUAAAAGCUUAGAUCAUUUUCUCUUUGAUCCAAGGAAAUCAAUUCUUCUAGAUUGGAGGAAGCGUGUGAAUAUCAUUGAAGGAAUUACUCAAGGCCUUGUUUAUCUCCAAGAGUACUCAAAUUUUACUAUAAUCCACCGAGAUCUUAAAGCUAGUAAUGUUUUGUUAGACCAUGAGAUGAAUCCUAAGAUAGCCGAUUUUGGUCUCGCUAGAAUUUUUGGGAAGAAUGAACUUGAAGCAAAUACAAGCAGAAUCGUGGGGACAUAUGGAUCCGUACCUCCCGAGUAUGUCAGAAAAGGCAUAUACUCGCCCAAGUAUGAUGUUUAUAGUUUUGGAGUCCUUCUCUUGCAGGUCAUAAGUGGGAAGAGAUCUUCACAUUAUUACGGCUCACAUGAAAAUAUGAACCUUUUGGAAUACGCACAUGAGCUGUGGAUGGAAGGAAGAGGUGAUGAGUUUUUGGACCCUUCAUUGGAUGAUUCAACAUGUCAUUGUAAAAUCAUGAGAUGCAUGCAGGUUGGUCUUUUGUGUGUUCAAGAGAACUCAGCAGAUAGACCUUCCAUGCUAGAAGUUGAUUCACUGCUCAAGAAUGAAGGUACACCUGUUGGUACUCCCAACAUGCCAGCUUUUUCGAUGAAAAAACACGAAGAUGACAAGGGAGAUACAAUGAAUGAUGUUACAAUUUCUGAGAUGGUAGCAAGAUAAAAUUCAAUUGAUCUAUAGGGUCUUUUGAAACUUGUUCAACUUGCAAGGUUUUCUUCAUCGACAAAUUUAAUUAAUGUCAGAGAUAAUAUUGUAUUGUAUUUUUGUCUCAUGUUUUCUAUUAAUUAAUAAUAAAUAUUUUUUCA